AUGGUUUCAUCAAAACAUUAUCAACUUCCGCUUUCAUUUUCAAUCACCUUCCUUCUUUGUUUCCACUUAGUAAAUUCUCAGAUCCUUGAUGUUCCAAUAGUAUCUCCAAUAUUAUCUCCAAUAUUAUCUCCAUUAGUCCCCGACAUAUUACACUUCGUAGAUCAAAGACUCGAAUUAGUUUUCUCAAUCAUUCAAGCCUUCAAAAACACAAUAACCUCAGAUCCAUUAGGAAUAACCUCAACAUGGGUUGGUUCUGAUAUAUGUAACUACAAAGGCUUCUACUGCGAUAACCCGCCGGAUAAUCGAUCUGCGACAACAGUUGCCUCCGUCGAUUUCAACGGCUUCAACCUCGCUGCACCGUCUCUCGACAAUUUCAUCGAUCAACUCCCUGACUUAGCUCUUUUCCAUGCAAACUCCAACAAUUUCUCAGGUACCAUUUCGCCGAAAAUAGCAUCGCUUAAAUAUCUAUACGAACUCGAUCUCAGUAACAACAUGUUAUCUGGAACAUUUCCAACCUCGAUCCUAAACAUGGCAACACUUUCGUUUUUAGACAUUAGGUUCAACCAAUUCACCGGAACAGUUCCUCAGCAGAUCUUCAUCAAACCAUUGGAUGCAAUUUUUCUCAAUAACAAUAACUUUCUUCUCACACUUCCAAACAAUAUAGGCGAAACAACGGCAUCUUAUAUCACAUUCGCUAACAACAAAUUCUCCGGUCCGAUUCCUCCUAGCAUAGGAAAAGCCUCGUCCACUUUGAUCGAAGUUUUGUUAUUAAACAACCAGUUAACAGGUUGUUUACCUUACGAAAUAGGAUUCCUUCAAAACCUCCAACUUUUCGACGCGGGGAGUAACCUUUUAACAGGUCCGUUACCGUGGUCGUUUGCGUGUUUGAAGAACGUGGAAGAGUUAAACUUUGCUAGGAACAUGCUGUAUGGCCAGGUUCCGGAAGUGGUUUGCGCGUUGGAGAAUUUGUCGAAUUUAACGUUGUCUUAUAACUAUUUUAACAGAUUGGGUCCAUUAUGCAGAAAGCUUGUAACAAAUGGUGUGCUUGAUGUGAAGAAUAACUGUAUUUUCGAUCUUCCUGAUCAAAGACCAAUGGAGGAGUGUGUGAAAUUCUUUUCUCUUCAGAGAACUUGUCCGCGUCCUGGAACGUUUAAUGUUAUACCCUGUCGGAGUCCAACACGGGCAAAACCACCGGGAAAUAUGAGAAAUUUGUUGUCAUAUUCAGCUCUUGAGAGAAACAGAAUGGUUCUGAUUUAA